AUGGUUCAGUUGGAACAGGAUAGUAGAAUUGAAGAGAAACAUGAACAAAAUGGUUCUACUGCUACACAAUCUCAAUCACAGGAAACGUUAAGCGAUUCCGAACGAACGGACACGGAAAUUGACCGGAUUAUUGCUGAGACAAAUAUGUUGGAAUCGAAAACUCUUCCUCCGCCGGUUGCAGUACUCCAAAAUGGUAAUGGACCUAGUGAGGACUGCAGAUUGGAAGUACGUUUUUACUGA